AUGAGGUUCAUCUUGAUAUUCCUGACCCUCGUGCUCGGCCUCUGCGACGCUGGAAGACGACCCACCACGGCGGCGACGGUUGCUAACCAUCAGGAGAGGCAGCUUCGACGACGUGGCCAACGACAAGAGAAUGCGUGGGACCUGAUAGAGCUGCAGAAACUGGACAACCCGGAGUUUUGGAACAAGAAUCCGACUUCGCCUCCGAACAUCACGGAAUCGGGCGAUUCGAUAGUGUUUAGCGGAAGACAGAACUAUCCGACCGUUCCGACCCCAGAAGUCUCAAAUGAGCUACCAGGACCCAUAGUAACCGUGGAACCGAUUCCGCCACCAGGAUGUUGGGCUCUACGUGGACAGUUCCCCAGUUCGAAGAGUUGUGCCAAUUAUUUGAAUUGCUGGGACGGUGUUGUCAUCGAGCAAACUUGUCCUGACGGUUUACUGUUCAACGCGGUCAGUCUGGUCUGCGACUACGAUUACAACGUGAACUGCGGUGACCGGCCACUGCCAACGCCAAAACCACCGCUGCCAAACGGCUCGACAUUAUGCCCGGACCCGAACGGCCGUUACAGAAGUGCGACGAACUGCUCGGAAUUCUACGUGUGCGUCUUCGGAAAGCCCAUCAAGUUCAGCUGCCCUCGUGGACUGGUCUACAAUGACGUACUGAACGUCUGCGACUACCCGUACAACGUCGACUGCAAGGGUGCAGCAACGCCUAAGCCAACACCUCCUCCACAAACAGUAUCCCCAAUCACAUUGCCAGCAACUCAAGCACCAACGUACGCGCCGCCGUCCCCAUCCUAUCCCUCGAAUCCGCCAUCUUACUCCAUUCCUUGGUUAGGCAGCAAACUCAGUCCUGAUCCCUGGCAUCAAAGAACCGCGAUCACGCAAUCAGAAAUUGAGAAACAAGAGGACGAACAGGUGGAACUUCAGCAACCCGAACAGCAAUCUCAGUCGCAGUCAGAGACGCCCAAAAACCCUUGGAAUCUGAUACAGAAUAUUCCGGCGAGUCUGGUGUCCGUGCCCUGCGAAAAUGGAGACGUCCACAGGUUGAACGACUCGUGCACGAACGUCGUGGUUUGCAGAAACGGUCGGCCGCAGUUGGUCCAGUGCACAACGGGACUAGCGUACGACAGAUCGUCGGACUCUUGUACACUAAUCUCCGUUGCCAAAUGGUAG